AUGAAGGAUGAGCCUGGUCAUCUGGAAACCCAGUCGGCGGAUGUUGGAAUGGCUUUGGGCGUUGAGUCUGUGAACAAGUCCAGAGUUCUCAGAAAGAUGGACCUGCGUAUCAUGCCGGUUUUGACGAUACUCUAUCUGUUUGCUUUCCUUGACCGAGGAAACAUUGGCAAUGCGAAGGUAUUGGGCAUGUCCAAAGACCUUGGCCUGGCAGGGAACGAGUACAACUUGUGCUUGACUGUCUUCUUCUUCCCCUAUAUCGCUUUUGAGAUCCCCUCCAAUUUACUACUGAAGAGGCUCCGACCUUCUGUCUGGUUACCGUCCAUCGUGGCUGCUUGGGGCAUAGUUACAAUCUGCAUGGGUCUUGUGCAAGGUUAUCAUGGUCUGCUGAUUUGCCGCAUCUUCUUGGGGCUGACCGAGGCGGGACUCUACCCUGGCGUAGCUUAUUAUCUCACAAUGUGGUAUUGCCCAUCGGACUUGGGCUAUCGACAAGCCGUCUUCUUCAGCGCAGCGAGUGGCGCCGGAGCAUUCUCAGGACUUCUCGCCUACGCCAUCAACAAGAUGGACGGGAUUGGAAAUUAUGCAGGAUGGCGAUGGAUUUUCAUCAUCGAAGGAUUGGCCACCGUUGUUGUCGCCAUACUCGCCUUCUUCACCAUCUAUGACUUCCCCGACACCGCCAAAUUCUUGUCGGCCGAGGAGAGGACUUGGAUUCUCCACCAGUUGAAAUAUCAUGGCUCGAAGCAAUCCAACAGAUUGGUCGAAGAGAACGACAAAUUCCAGUGGAAGUUCGUCCGCCGAGCGGUCACAGACUGGCAAAUCUACUUGGCUAUUUUGUCCAACUGGGGAGCCUCCUGUGUCAUUUAUGGCAUCUCCUUUUUCCUGCCGACCAUCAUCAACGAACUCGGCUAUACAUCUACCGCGUCAAACAUUUUGACGAUUCCAAUGUACGUUGCAGCGGCCAUAGCCACUAUCGUCACCUCAUUCUUCUCCGACAAUUAUAAGAACCGGGGAAAUUUCGUUCUGGGCCUUCAGUUGGCCACUUUGGCAGGGUUUGUCAUGGCUGUUAUCGGAUCCGGGGUAGGCGGCGUGCCGGGUGUCGUGUACGCAGGUGUUUUCCUCGCAACGUGCUCCUGUUAUCCGGCCUACGUCCUCAUCAUCACAUGGAUCGCAAACAACCUCGCCCCAACAUACAAGAGAGGCGCAGGCGUUGCCUUCCUCAUCGGUAUGGGCAACUUCAGCGGUGCAAUGGCCUCCAACUUUUACAGUACUAUUAUCGUCGAGAAUAUCGCAAAUCUGACCUUGCACCGAAUCAUUUCCAGAAGCCAAGAUAGUCCUCAAUUCCUCCUCGGUCAUGGCGUCGAGUUGGGAUUCGUCGUGCUCGCGCUACUUGCGGACGUCGUCUUGAUCAUUGUGUACAAGCGCAUCAACAAGAGACGCGAACUCGCUUGCCAGCAGGAGCUGGCGUAUACCAAUCAAGAGUUGAGCGACAAGGGCGACCGUGCGCUCACUUUCAGGUACCAGCUUUGA